CACUGGAGCGAUUACCAGCAAAAAGGGGGAGCCUGAUGUCGAGGAGUCAGCCCUAUGUAUAUCUCUCUAUACGCCUCAACUUUUAACACAAAGUUCAAUAUCCAAACACAAAAAGGGACGUGGACUACGCAGACCCACACUUGCUUUUCCUCAUUUUCACUGAAUGUAAUAACAUCUUGGACCAUAGGCUAUCCGAGCUGUGUCUAAACGUGGAUUUUUCCCUUCUUGGGUUUAUUUGUCAGCAUUCUUUUUUAACUCAAAGUUAAUUUUGCUUUUGUUUAAUUUUCUUUGUUUAUAUUAUUGUACCGUUUAUUGCUACGGAGGAGAAGCAUCUCAAUGUUGUUAUGAAGACCUGAUCACUCCUUUCUUAAUAUGGAAGGAUCCAGUGGGUCGAGUUUUGGGAUAGACACUAUUUUAUCAAGCGCUACUAACUCUGGUAACCCUGUGCUAAUGAACGGAGAUUUUCGGCUCGGCGACAGCAGGACAGCGGAUUUCAGGAGCCAGGCAACCCCGUCACCAUGCUCGGAAAUAGACACUGUGGGAACAGCCCCCUCAUCCCCCAUCUCGGUCACCAUGGAGCACGCCGCCGAUCCGCAUCUGGUCCAGGACAGCCUUCAGCAUCACCACCACCACCACAACCAGCCGCAAAGUUUGCCGCUGUCGCCUCAGCAGCAGCCGCUUGCAGGGGCCGGCUGCGCCCCGAGGACUGCCACCUCUUCAUUUUUAAUCAAAGACAUUUUAGGCGACAGUAAACCGCUGGCAGCCUGCGCACCUUACAGCACCAGUGUAUCCUCACCCCAUCACACACCAAAACCAGAAAGUGCCACGGCUCCGGACGGGUUCAGGCCCAAGUUGGAACAAGACGAAAACAGAAGCAAGUUGGACAAAAGAGAUGACAUUCAAAGUGAAAUGAAAUGCAAUGGCACUAAAGAGGAGGGUGACCGGGAAAUCUCCAGUAGCAGAGACAGUCCGCCGGUGCGCACGAAAAAACCUCGCAAAGCACGGACAGCCUUUUCCGACCACCAGCUCAACCAGCUCGAAAGGAGCUUUGAGCGACAAAAAUACCUCAGUGUGCAGGACCGCAUGGACCUGGCCGCAGCUCUCAACCUGACAGACACACAAGUCAAGACCUGGUACCAAAACAGACGGACGAAGUGGAAGAGGCAAACCGCGGUCGGAUUAGAGCUCCUGGCUGAAGCAGGAAACUACUCGGCCUUACAGAGAAUGUUCCCGUCGCCCUAUUUCUACCACCCCAGCUUGCUGGGCACCAUGGACAGCACUACGGCAGCCGCAGCGGCCGCAGCCAUGUACAGCAGUAUGUACCGGACUCCCUCAACGCCGCAUCCCAGCCUCCAGAGACCCCUUGUCCCGAGGGUACUCAUUCAUGGCCUUGGGCCGGGGGGGCAGCCGGCACUAAACCCCCUGUCUAACCCCAUGCCCGGCACACCGCAUCCGCGAUAAAAUACGAAAUAAGACGAGAAAAGACGAUGCCCAGAAACUUGGUUGAACACAUGAUGUGAGUAACUGCGUCGAAACCACUUUGCAGGACUUCCCCCCCAAAAGACACUUAAAGACAUUUUACAGAAGUAAAGGAGGUAUUUAAUAUAGGCCCUAAUAGCCUAAGCCCAGUCGUGACAUAAAGAACUUUCUGUCGAGGCCGUGACAGAGAAAAAGGGACUGUUCAUGUCUGAUUGUUUGUUUGUUUGUCUUUUGUACAAAUACACUUACAUUAGUAAAUAAACUUAUAAAGUUUAUUAGAUGGAGAAGAACGGAAUGAAUAAAGAAGUAAUGAUACUAAA